AAAACCUCCGAGCUGUCAAAAGCGUCGUCAUGUCCCGUAGGAGUUCUCGCCUGGUGUCCGGCGGCUACUAUAAUUCAGACGAAGAAUCGGAUUCGAGUAGCGUGACAAACAUAUCUUACCGCGAAAACCCUGUCAAGGUUUUCAAGAAGAAGGCGGGGACCCGCAAAGCCGGCUCCCGUACCCCCACUAGAACCAAUAGCAAUGCGAGUUCUGCCAGCCCCGAGCCGCCCAUCGCUGCAGGCCAGUAUGACGGCCCCAGUUUUUCUUCCUUGAGCAGCCAGACCCAGCCGAUCACGAGGGCGGUGCCCAACAUCUCCACCACACCUACCCCUCGGCCACCCCUGACCCCAUCAUCAACCCGGAGCCAGACACCCCCAUGCUGCCCCUCGGUACCUCCAGAGAAGAGCCCCUACGCUGGGCUCUGCAGCUCCAGCAGGCCAGGGUUACACCUCCAACCCAACCACAAGGAGCUGAGUCAGAGCGCUGUGGACAGCUCAGGGUACUCCUCCUCUGAGGGCCCUCACAGGAAGCCCACAGCCGCCACCGCCAGCAGCAGUGACAGUAGAAUCAGCAGUAAUAGUGGGGCUCCCAGUAUUGGAUACAGAGUCAGACGUGCCUUCUUUGGUCUAAUGGACUCCGUCUCAUUGAUGGCCGCUGCAUUACAGUCAAAAAUAAUGCAUCUGACAGCUUUAGCUAAUACUUCAGUCAGCGGUCGCAUGAAGAAGGCUUGUGGUCUGUUUCUCCUCCUCCUCCUCAUCGUACUUUUAUGUAUUUGGUUCCUCCUUCCUUUGUUGACCUCCUACAUCUCCCGCAUGGCUGUCACAAAGACCCUGUCACAAACUAAACCCAAGAGUCAACCUGUUUCUCCUGCCGCUCCUCCUCCUCAAUCCAAUAUCAUACAUUCUACACCCGUGGUGGAUCCAGCCGUCGUGUCUGCUGCUGUAGAUGCGAGGAUAGAACAAUUUUUGGAUUCAGCCGUUGUGUCUGCUGCUGUAGAAGCAAAGAUGCAUCGUCUUUUGGAGGAGCAGCAGCUGAAGCAGGAACACAUUCUCUCUCAGAUGAAGGAGAGACUACAUCUGGACAUGCAGGAUGUGAAAGCCAAGCUGGAGGUUGUGGACUCGGAGAGUCGGCUGCGUCUGGAGCAGGAGGUUUAUGGGUUGGGCAGGCAAAUGGUGGAUUACCAGACAGACAGCCACUCGGCCGCUGCCAGCCUCAGGCUCAGGAUCCAAGCUUUAGAGUCCCAGAAUGCAAAGCUGUCCCAGGAGUGGUCGUCCAUCCAGCUGAUGCCUCCUCCUGCCCCCUGUCCUGAGACCAGCACCACCCCCGUCCAAAACCAUCUCACCCCAGAGCUCCAACAGGCCAUGGAGAAGUGGCUCACUGAGCGCAUCAAGGAGCAGGAUGCUAUCAGGCUUGGUGACAAAGGAGCUUCCUCCGACUGUGGACGUCCCAUGGCUGACAAAAUGGCCGACUUUGCAUUGGAGACGCAAGGUGCCAGUGUGAUCAGUACCAGGUGUUCAGAGACCUAUCGUAUUCGUUCAGCAUGCGUGACCCUGUUUGGAUUCCCUCUGUGGUACCCAUCUGAAAGCCCACGCACUGUUAUUCAGGGCUACCCGGUGCUGCUCCCAGGGAAAUGUUGGGCAUUCCACGGUGUCGAGGGGACUCUUGUCAUCUCUCUGUCUCACCCCAUCACUAUAACUCACGUGACACUGGACCACCUGCCGCGCUACAACUCCCCCACCGGCCGCAUCGACUCCUCCCCCAAAGACUUUGAAGUCUAUGGAAUGAGAAAUGACACAGAGGAAGGAACACUGCUGGGGACAUUCACUUACGAUGUAAAUGGAGAGCCUACGCAAACAUUCAAGCUGCCAAAACCCAGUGACGUGGUGUAUCGAGUUGUGGAGCUGCGUGUCCUCAGUAACUGGGGACAUGUUGAAUACACGUGCCUCUAUCGCUUCCGUGUGCACGGACAGAUCGCCUCCACAUUGUAAUUCAUUUUUAUAUAUAUAUAUAUAUAUAUAUAUAUAUAUAUAUAUAUAGCAAUUUUCUUCAGGUUACAUAAACAAAACAAAAACAACAAUACAACGACAAUAGAAUAAAAUACAAGCAACAGAGUGAUCGUAAAAACACCGGAGGAUAGAAUAAAGGUAAAAAAAUAUAUAAAAUGGCCAGGGAGGGAUGAUAAAACCCAGCCCAGGGCACACUGGGGGUCAAUAAAUCCUUGAUAUAAUUUGGAGCAAGGCCAUUUCAUUCUUUAAAAGUCAUCAGUAAAAUAGAAUGGAAGUAAUGUGUUGCUUUCUCUUGGUGCCUGUUCAUAUUGAUGCGGCGGCGUUCUGCACCAGGUAGAGCCGGUGAAGGGACGCGUUAUUUACUGAGCGGGCCGCGGCGGCUCAUUCCAACAUAUCAGAAAGUACAUUUGCAAUGUGUGCUAUUUAAGUUGAAUUCAACGUUGUGGUCUGAGGUGCGUUCAGGACCAGAUGCUACUGAAAAGAUGUUUAGCGUUGAGUAAUGGCACUCCUGUGUGUCGUGUUUUGGAUUGCUUAAUGUUAAAGUGACAGAAAUCAUAGAUCGAGUUUUUUGUGCACACUUGGCUUUGAAUACAUGUACAGAAUGAAGUGUAAAAUAUGUUUCUAAAAACCAAAAAGUAUCUAGUAAAACCAUUUGGGAGCAUAAUAGUUUUGGAAACUUUAUGCUUUCAGUUAUGUGAGAGUGCCACGGAAUAAUUUUUAACUUUUUGUUAGUAUUAAUUAUUACUAUUUAUCAGGUUUUUUUCUGCUUCGCAUUAGUGCAGCGCACAAACCUACCCAGGAGCUCCUUACUGAAGUUACAUUACUUUAUACCAGUUGAGUGUUAAGCGCCUUUCUUCAUGGUACUCUGACAAAUGAAAAGGAAAGACAGUAUUUUUAACCCUCCUGUUUGACCCAUUUUGACCCAUUUUCAAAAAGUUUCUAUAUCAGAAAUUUGGGUUUCUUUCAACCAAAUGGUCAAAAAAAAAAAAAAAAAAAACGUAACGUGGACUGUUCCAUCCAGCCAUUACUCUUUAUAAUUCAAAUAAAUGAUCAGUUCACUACUUUCAUUGAAUUUGGGUGUGUUAUUCAAUUGUAUAGCGUUUGAAAAAAAUAUAAAAAUGAUCAAAGAAUGUUGGGAAAAAGUGACAAAAAAGUUUGGGAAAAAAAACAAGAAAAAGGUAAAAAAAAAAUUUAAAAAAGUGCAGAAAAAUCAGCAAAAACAUCGACAAUAACAUCCAAAAUUUGUGACAAAAAAAUUGGAAAAAAAGUAACCAAAAAAAGUGACAAAAACAUCGGGAAAAAGGUGACGAAAUUUUUUGAAAAAAGUGACAAAAACUUAAAAAAAAAUAAAUAAAAAAUUGCAUGGUCGAUGGGAAGACAACACAAGGGUUAAAUGAACUUACUGACCCUGGUUGUGAGCUUGCACCUCAAAGUUUCAACACAUUUGAUAAAGUGACAUUAAUUAGGUUUUUCUUUUGUUUUUUUUAAACGUCGCUAUGAUAUGUCCAUUUUUUGGCCACAUAAUUAAUUGCAAUAUUUAAUAUCUUUACAAUACAUGGAUCUAGUUUGGGAAGUUUUCAGUCAUACAUGUUAGUUUCCUGCUAUCUGAAAUGAUUGAAACAACUGUUUGUCAUGACUGAUGGGAUGUACCAUCCUUUGAACAAUUGGUAGAAAUUAUACCGAGGGCAGCAGUGAAUGUUUUUUUUUUUUUAAAUCCGUGUUUGAUUUGAUAUUCCAACGAAAGAUAAAAUAUGCAGCUUUGUAAAGUUUCUUUUGUUUUCUCUUUUUAGCAAGUUUGAACUCUUUUAUUACCGGUACUUGAAUACUUGAAAACCUCUUUUUCUAACCUCUUUGAAAGACGUCAUGUUGACUUCAUGACUUUCUACUUCCUUGUACAUAACACUUUGAUUUUGUAUGAGAAAGAAUGUUUUUUUUGUUUUUUGUUUUUUUCAUUUGUAGAAUGGGACUAUUCUGGGUUAUGAAUUAAUAACACGUGAAUUUGAUGAAUGAGUAGCUGCUUGGAUUCCAAACAACAGACAAACUGUGUACGUCUGUGUCAUUCAGUCAUUUCUCAUGUAUUCUAUUCGUUUGUUGAGAUGGUGGAGAGAAUAUUAUAAUUAUUAUUAUCUAAUUAUGAAGUGCACUAGAGGUGAAUCCAGGUCAAGUCCAUCAUUUAAAUAUGUUCUAGUCUUAAAGGACAUGGGACAAGGAAAAGAGAGACAGAGGAGGCUUUCUGUGUUUUCAGACAAUUGUGAUUUGGAUCCUAACAAAUUCAGUAUCACAAAUUAUUUAUUAUAUAUUUCUAUAUUUUGAUACAAUGUUUGCAGGCUACAUACUUCUCUAAUCUUAGUGCAGCAUGUAGUUAAUACAAGAACUGAUGUAGUUCUAAUGCUUGAUUAUGUGUUACCAUAAAUUAGGAGCGCUUAUAAAUCUUUUAGAACCUCCUCUUGGUGGAAGCGCUUUUAUGUAAUCCAGUGGUUCUCAUAUUGGGGUCCGGGGACCCCCAGGGGUCUUUGAAGUGGUUCCAGGGGGUCCCCAACAAAAUCUAGAAUGAUCUAUUUUCGGUUACACUUUCACUUGAAGGUAUCUACACAACAGUGACAUGUCACUCUUAUGUAGAUACCUUCAAGUAAAGUGUUUCCCUAUUUUCACUAUAAUUUCAUCCAUAAGUAACACAAUGACAGAUUGUAUGACUAUUUUGCUCAUGGAUUUCAUUCACUUUCUGCUGCGUGUCCUGUAGUAAAACAUCUAAAUGCAAAAAUUCUAUCAGGUAGGGGACCCUGGGACAAAGUCUUAUCAGGUGGGGGUCCGUGGUCUAAUUUGUGUCAGUUUAGGGGUCCUUGACGUGAAAAAGUUUGAGAACCACUGAUGUCAUACAUUGAAUUCAAACUUGAUUGACUUUUGAGAUGCAGAUUAGGGUCAAAUAUGUUAUUGGACACAGUACAAUGUAUAAUGUCUCAUGGAUUUGGAGAAAAUAAAAAAACAACACUUAUGUUUCUUUCACUUGUAUUACCUAAAAGAGGCGACACGUUUCAUUUUCAUUUCAGAAAUUUGAUGAACAGCCUGUACAGUCCUGAAGCUGUAUCUUUGUGUAUACGUGCUCUUUCUGGAACACACAAUACAGGCAGUUUAAUUCUCUCAGAUUCCUGUUAGUGUGAAGCUGUACAAGCAACGCUGACGACAAUGGUUAAAUGCAUCCCAGUUAAUCAGGUUCAGCUUCUCCACGCACAUCUGAUAAUGUAUGUACUCUAACUUAAACAAUACAUUCAGACAUGACCAUUGUUGCCAAUUGUUUUCUCUUUUAAUUAAACUGAUUGAUGUGUCAGAAUUGGCCUGAGGUGUUCUCCAGAGUAUUUGACUACCAAUGCCUAUUUGUAAGCCCAACUGAAUGUUGGAUUUAUUCAAUAAAAUAUUGUUAUGUA